GGGGAGUCAAUCCUCUUCUACGGCCAAUAUGAAACCAGGUUGAACAAAAUGGAGAAAACUAUUGACCUCAUUCUCUGCUAAGGUGAUUGUGGGCAAAUAAAAGCAAAAGGAAAGCCAUAAAGAGAAGAAAUCAAAGUUAAACACAUCUGCCAUGAGCUCUCUGAAUUCCACCCUCUAUCUAAAUGGAACGUUUGUGCAUCCUCCAUUUUUUUUCAUCAGUGGAUUGAAUAACAUGCCCCAUGCCAAAUACUACUAUGUUUUCCUGUGCUUUGUUUUUGUGGUCUCUCUGUUGGGGAACUCCUUUGUCAUGUUCAUCAUAUACACAGAGUGCAGUUUUCACAACCCAAAGUAUUUGGCCAUUUUAAAUUUGGUUGUAGCAGAUUUGGGUGAAAGCACUGCUCUGAUUCCAAAUUUUAUUGCAAUGUUUCUUUUCAAUUCCCAAUACAUCUCCUUUGACGCUUGCUUGGCCAACAUGUUUUUUGUGUUUUUCUUUUCCUGUUUGCAGUCUCUCACACUUACCGUUCUGGCCUAUGAUAGAUUUGUGGCAAUAUGCUUGCCACUGAGAUACCAUGCCAUCAUCACAAUGCAAGCAAUGGUUGUGAUGUUAACAGUGGUGUGGGCAUUUGAUUCUUUUGUACUGAUUUUAACGGUGAGUUUGGUUACCAGGUUGUCCUUUUGUAAAUCCAUUGUGGUAAAAAGCUACUUCUGUGAUCAUGGACCCAUAUACAGUUUGGCAUGUAAUGACAAUUAUAUCAAUCAGAUGAUGGCAAUUAUUAACAUGAUAUUAUUGCUUUAUGUACCCUUUAUUUUGACUGUACUGUCUUAUGUGUUUAUUUUUGGUGCACUGUUUAAAAUAGCUACGUGGGAAGGACGAAUUAAAGCCCUUAAGACUUGUUCUGCACACCUAAUGCUAGUCGCUAUAUAUUACUUUCCAAUCAUGGGUGUCUACGUUGCUGCACUAACUUUAAACCUUCCACCUAAUGUCAGGAUAAUGAGUACAUCAUUUGCAAAGGCCAUAACCCCCAUGAUGAACCCAAUAAUUUAUGUGCUGAACACCGAAGAGUUUAAGGAAUUCUUAAAAAAAACUUUUCAAAGGAAAAAUAAACAAACACAAUGAGAAGAAAUAUUAAAAUAAAGCUGCAAUCUGUGAGAGCAGAGGUAGAGACAUGGGUUAUGAAUUCCUUAACAUCUGUUGAACACAUAAAAAUCAUCAGAUUUUAGUCUGCUAAAUCUAGGUUCAUUCUGUGGAACAUGUUUCAAAUUUAUUAAAUUAUUUAUUUCCUAAGCUUAAUGUCGAAAGUGGGAUGAAUUACUAAUGUUGCUUGUGGCAAUACUGAUUCACUUUUGAAUUUUUGAUUCUAUUCUUGUGUUUAUGAAUAAUGUAGUUUGCUGCACUUGCAGUUUGCUUAAUAAUCAACUUUUUAGUGAUUUAACUGCAGUACCUAUAUUAUUCAACAUAUGGAUACGUGCUAUUUUUUUUUACAUAUGGAAAACGUAUGCUUGAACAUAUUUUUUAAAUAUAUAUUUUUUACUUGAGACAAGCAAUAGUUAAUCCCAUCUGUAUUUAAUGUUUCAGUGUCUCUUUUUCAAAUGGAAAGUGAAGGAAGUCUACUAUAAAUUGGCUCCUAAUUGGUGAAAGUAUACAUGGCAACUCAAACUCACCAUAUUGUUGAUAAGAAUUGAAAGAGCAAAGUAAAUAACAAGCCAAACCUGUAUUGUGUAAAGUUUAAGUAAAAAAGAAGAUAAAAAUAAAAAACCAAAAACAAACACAUGUUCAACAACUUAAUUAGGCGCCUACUGAUUGACAUCAAUCUUUAAUUUGAUUCCCUAAAUUUUGCCCCCUCAUUUUAUGUAAUUGUUGGUAAAAUAGCACAAUAAGCACUCAUGUGAACAUGUUCAUUCUUUAUGGCCUACUUUCCUUAUUUCUGACAUAAAUGUGGCUUAAGAGGGUAAUGUCUGGGACAGUGUUAGAUACUAUGUGUUCGAAAUUACUUGUUUAUUAACUCGGGGAAGAUCAUGUAUCGGAUUCAGAUAAGUAACCUUGCCUGUUUUAUCAAUAAACAAAAAUAUUGUCCUGCUAGAGUUACUGUAGUUAAUGAGUUCCCCAGAUUCAUUACCAAGGCAC